GCACAGGCGGGGUGGGCCGGGGACGCGAGGCGGAGCGGGGCCCCCGCACAGGCCGCGGCGGCUGGCUCGGCCCUACGGUCCCGGCGGCGGCUGCAGGAGGAAGCCCGGCGGCUGCGGAGGAGGGGAGGCGGAGAGGCCGAGGCCGCUCGCGAAGACGCUCCCCGGCUCCGCAGGGAAAGGCUCCUAGAAGGUGAGCACGGACGGUAUGCAAAGUUGUGAACCCAGUGGUGACAGCGCGGAUGACCCUCUCAGUCGCGGCCUGCGCAGAAGGGGACAGCCUCGUGUGGUGGUGAUCGGAGCUGGCCUGGCUGGCUUGGCCGCAGCUAGAGCACUUCUCGAGCAGGGCUUCACGGAUGUCACUGUGCUUGAGGCUUCCAGACACAUUGGGGGCCGCGUUCAGAGCGUGAGACUUGGACACGCCACCUUUGAACUGGGAGCCACCUGGAUCCAUGGGUCCCAUGGGAAUCCUAUCUAUCAUCUAGCAGAAGCUAAUGGCCUUUUGGAAGAGACAACAGAUGGGGAGCGCAGCGUGGGCCGCAUCAGCCUCUACUCCAAGAAUGGCGUGGCCUGCUACCUUACCAACCGUGGCCGCCGGAUCCCCAAGGACGUGGUUGAGGAAUUCAGCGAUUUAUACAACGAGGUCUAUAACUUGACCCAGGAGUUCUUCCGGCAUGGUAAACCAGUCAAUGCUGAGAGUCAGAACAGCGUCGGGGUGUUCACCCGGGAGAAGGUGCGCAAUCGCAUCAGGGAUGACCCUGACGACACAGAGGCCACCAAGCGCCUGAAGCUCGCCAUGAUCCAGCAGUACCUGAAGGUGGAAAGCUGUGAGAGCAGUUCCCACAGCAUAGAUGAGGUGUCCCUGAGCGCCUUCGGAGAAUGGACGGAGAUCCCUGGCGCCCAUCACAUCAUCCCCUCGGGCUUCAUGCGAGUUGUGGAGCUGCUGGCUGAGGGAAUCCCCCCACAUGUCAUUCAGCUGGGGAAACCUGUCCGCUGCAUCCACUGGGACCAGGCUUCAGCUCGCCCCCGGGGUCCUGAGAUCCAGCCCUGUGGUGAGGGUGACCACAACCACGACACUGGGGAGGGUGGCCAGAGUGGAGAGAGUCCCCAGCAGGGGAGGUGGGACGAGGAUGAGCAGUGGCCAGUAGUCGUGGAGUGCGAGGAUUGUGAGGUGAUCCCAGCGGACCACGUGAUUGUGACGGUUUCACUGGGCGUGCUCAAGCGGCAGUACACCAGUUUCUUUAGGCCGUGUCUGCCCACGGAGAAGGUGGCUGCCAUCCACCGCCUGGGCAUCGGUACCACCGACAAGAUCUUCCUUGAAUUCGAGGAGCCCUUCUGGGGCCCUGAGUGCAACAGCCUGCAGUUUGUGUGGGAGGAUGAGGCAGAGAGUUGUACCCUCACCUACCCACCUGAGCUGUGGUACCGCAAGAUCUGUGGCUUCGAUGUCCUGUACCCACCAGAGCGCUAUGGCCACGUGCUGAGCGGCUGGAUCUGUGGGGAGGAGGCUCUCGUCAUGGAGAAGUGUGAUGAUGAGGCCGUGGCUGAGAUCUGCACAGAGAUGUUGCGACAGUUCACAGGGAACCCCAAUAUACCAAAACCUCGACGAAUCCUGCGCUCAUCCUGGGGCAGCAACCCAUACUUCCGAGGUUCCUAUUCAUACACACAGGUGGGCUCCAGUGGGGCAGAUGUGGAGAAGUUGGCCAAGCCCCUACCCUACACAGAGAGCUCCAAGACAGCGCAUGGAAGCUCCACAAAGCAGCAGCCUGGUCACCUUUUCUCAUCCAAGUGCCCAGAACAGUCCCUGGACCCUAGUAGGGGCUCCAUGAAGCCCAUGCAGGUGCUGUUCUCCGGUGAGGCCACGCACCGCAAGUACUACUCCACCACCCAUGGUGCUCUGCUCUCUGGCCAGCGCGAGGCCGCUCGUCUCAUCGAGAUGUACCGAGACCUCUUCCAGCAGGGGCCCUGAGGGUGUCCUCACUGCCAAAUGUGUUCCUUAAAGAACCACUAACUCGUGACCGCUAGUCCUUUCCCUUGCUCGUGUCCUCGUAAUUGCCUAAUUGUCUCUAGAAUGAAAUUUUAUCUUUUGUAGUGGACAGUGGGCUGGCUUCAGACCUGGCCCUGUAGCUUUUCUUUUUCUCCAGGCUGGGUAAUGAUCAGGUGGAUUUGGCUUCCUGCUCCUCCCUUUCCCCGCCCCCUCCAUGUUAUUGCAAGUGCCUUCAAUACUUUGCAUUUUGGGAUAAUAAAAGAAGUGACCCUUCCCAUGUU